AUGCGGAGUCUCAUUUUCAAUGUUCCUAUUGUUUCAGCGAUACUUCAGCGUGCGACGUACAAGGUCGGCCUCCUGACGAUCCAGGGGGUGUCCAGUUGCCUCUACCUCUGCAUGGACGCCUGUGGGUUUCAUUACGCUAAUAAGGAUCUCUCGGACGAUUGUGUGUUCGAGGAACAUAUAGAGGAGAAUAAUUACAACACGUAUUCGAGGAUACGUGGCGGGAAGAAGACGUUCCUGGCGCUGGACAACCGGGGCAAAGCGCGGCGGACGCAGAUCCCGGUGAGCAGGCCCCUCGGCAACCUCUCCGGGUACGCCCUCACGCUGACCAAGCGCUGGGAGGGCCCCAAACACACGCAGUGCCCGCCGCGACGGCACCGCGGCAAGCUGAAGCGGCCGCCCCCCUUCCACAGGAACUGCCAGCGCCGCGUCGCGAAACAGAACAUGCGGAAACGGAAGCACAAAAAAGCGAACGAUCCGAAAAAAAAGCGGCAUCCGAAAGCGCGGAGAAAACACGACAGCACGACGAGCACGACGGAGGUGAGCUGGGACGAAUCGACGAUGUCCACUAUGUCGACGACCGACGAGUUUUUUCGGUCGGCGACCGCGCAGGAGGCGACCGGUCGCGCGUGA